ACCGCACCCGAACAAUUGACUGUAGCUUUCUGUGUCUUUGUUAUUAUUUUAAAAGUAUUUCAAAAACAAGUGCAUGUACCUUGCGGUUGCGCUGAUCAUCAUCAUCGCCAGCUUGAUACGGUUGCAGGUGGCGACUCCUUUAUUACUGGCAAGUUAUCGCUACACAAUACCCAGAGCGUUUAAAGAUUCGCAAUGGGCCACCGAGGAGUUCUGGUUUUGGCGAUAAGCAUCGUAGGGGCAAUGGCGUUUAUCCCCCAUGGUUCUAUUGGGGAAAAGGAUCCAAUUUUAACCGAGGCUUUGCUUCGUGAAGUUGUGGAACGUAUGGGCAAGGAUUUCAACGAGGCCGCAUCUACAUACCUCGAGCUGCCCCCGAGCGAGCGCCGGCUAGCAAUGAUGGCGCGCGCCAGCCAACAGCUGCAGCAAGAGCAGCUGCAGCACGAGCAGCUGCAGCACGAGCAGUUGCAGCACGGGCAGUUGCAGCACGAGCAGCUGGAUUACGACUCGCUGAUAGAAGGCAACCCCAGCCCCAGCCUGCGCGACCAAGAGUAUUUGCAGCACAGCUCGUUAUGGGGCCAUCAGUAUGUAACCGGCGGAGCAGGCGAGGGUGAACAGCGACUGCAGCCAUCGGGUGUGCUCCCCAACAGACAGAUGAUCAAGACCGACGCGGUGCUGCCGGCCUAUUGCAAUCCUCCUAACCCGUGUCCCGUGGGCUAUACCGAAGAGCAAGGCUGCAUCAGUGAGUUUGAGAACACAGCCGCAUACAGCCGCGAAUACCAGCUCGCUCAGCGCUGCAUGUGCGACGGCGAGCACAUGUUCAGCUGCCCACCUGACGCCGCCGACAUCGAGCUGCGCUUCCCCGACCACCACAAGAGUCUAGCCGCCAAGAAGUUUAACAUAGACAUAGACAACCCUUAUCUUCUGGGUGAACGUCUGCCGAUCGCGGCCAAGAAGGGUUUCGAUGUCCGCGUCUUUUAAAUAUAAAUUUGUUUAGAUUCGAUGUCUAUUUAAGAUCAGUAUUGACGAGCUAAGAGCAUCUUCUCCGUGAUUCCGACUAUUUUAACCUUUUACCUAUACAUAAAUUAGAAAUCAUUGCAACCUCAUUUCAGUGUAAGCACACGUAAUGAUAGAAUGUAAAUGGAAUGAAACAAAAAAAAGAUGAACAACUUGUGAAAAGGUUCACUUGCGUAUUAUGUUUUUUGUGCGAUGUUUUAUUAAGUUUACUUUACUUUAACUAUUAUAACGUAAGGUUUGUAAAUAUAUCUGAUGAGAAAAUUG